UGAAAUUGUCUGUGUAGACGUUGUGCACAAGGGGGGGACUCUUCUGUCGAAUUGUGGGAAAGUAGAGCCUACGAAAUUGUGAUAAACUCACGGUAUUAUGAAAAUGUGCGAAGGCCAAGAUGUGAAAUGAAAUCCACCCACAGGACUAAUACGACGGUGGGGUUUAGAGGCGAAUAUGGAAGCGAUAAAGGCUGCGGCAACAUUUUCUCUCACUGGCGGGCGACCGGAAUCUGGCAGCAGCUCAAGCAACGGCGCGCUUGCUCAGAAAGAACAGAUCCGGACUCCACGUCUUCCGGUUUCCAAACCUUCGUGGAUCAUAAGAACAAAGUGUAAGGUGGGAAUGGAAGGGAGAAAGAAGGCAGACCCUCCUUGUGUUGUUUGUGGAGGGAGUGGCAGAGUCGACUGCUCCCGCUGUAAUGGAAGAGGCAGGACAAAUCAUGUGGAGCUAGAGGUGCUUCCACAAGGAAAGUGGCCAGAGUGGUGAGUAACCAUUCGGUGUAAACGGUCUUCCGCCAAAUGGUUGGUAGAUGUUUAGUGUGAAAAACUCUUAGAUUAUGCUGUUUUUCACAGGUGUAGAUAUUGUAGUGGAAGUGGACUGAGCGACUGCUCUCGCUGCCUCGGCACCGGCAAGUACCGCCAUACAAUGGGAUUCGACUUCAUGUACAGCUAGCCAAUCUUGAUCAACAUGCAACAGUACAGAUUUACAGCUUCGUCAUAUUGUAAUAAUGAACAAAAUUACACUCUGGCUCCUUUCAGUCUUCUUACUGAUUUUUGUUAUUUCCCAAAAUAAUCUCGAUCCUUUUUUUAUAUCUUAUCAAAUACGUACUAUCAUGUAUUAUUGUAUGGGGCAACCUCAUGAAAAAGUCAGGGAAUAGGCAAGAAAGGGGUGGGAAUGUCAUUGGAGAUAUGCUUAAUCCCUCAGUCCCCUAUUAUUGUUCCAUUGGGGUUUAUGAUUCUUGACCGACGAUAGAUCAAA